AUGCAAGGAAACCGGGCCAGUCUUCGGGAAACAUUCAAGGUUGAACUCAGUGCAUCGUUUGGCGGUGCGUAUUUCUCGAGAUACCAGUUCACCCGUGCGGGGCAGAUAAAUUUUGACUUUUGUGUCGGCUGCGAAGUGGUUGUGCCGGGUCAGCCGAAGGACCGACCUGUCGAAGCGGACUUGUCAAUGCACUCAUCCCCACUUCCUACAUACGAUCUGUUUUCCAAUCCAUUCUCUUUUAUCCUGUGCCAGGAAAUACUAUCCUCUUCCUUUGAGGGACUGUCAACGACACAGAACCUGAGUUGCUUGCUUUCUGAUUGUCACUCCACUGAAGCGAUUUUCGAGUGGCUCGGUAUGGCAAAAGCCGCCUGA